AUGGCAAAAGAGCAGAAGUCGGACGAGUUAAUUGAACUUGACGAAUUAGAGGAGGCGCUUGCUGCUAUGGGAAAUACUCCAAAUGUUGAAGAAAACGGCACAAAGCGCGAGACUGGCACAGCGGAUGCUAUCCUCGAUUCACCUACAACUACAGCACCUCGUCGUCCUGAGAAAACCCGACCGCGUUCAAAAAGUGCUACAGGAGUACGUCCAGAUCCGCGAAAUCACAGCCCUGGUCGCCAUGGCCGCCUUCCUGCUCAUGAAUCGAAAGCCCUUCGGCCAAUGGGCCCCCCUCCCAGAUCAUCACCCGGGGCUGACAACACUCCAAGAGCACAGGAAGAAAAGGAUCAACCCCCUAAAUAUACCUCAAGGAGGAGUGGACCUGACGAUCACUCAGAGACAAAGAUUACACACCAAGGACAUCGCGGUAUCACACAAGAUGGGGUGGGACGGUCGUUUGUUGAAAGGGUUCGAAAACCAAUGCGAGAACCAGACAUAGAAGAAAUGUACUUAGAACUUCAACAUCAACGCCGGACAGCACAGCUUGCAUUACGGGAAUCGGAGUAUUAUAAGCAAGUCGCUAGAUCACUUCAUAAAGAAUUGGAAGACUGCAAGAAGGAUCUAUGGACAGCUGAGGAUGAAAAGAAGGCACUUGGACAGCAAAUUCUGGACCUCGGAACCGUGGCGGAAGGGGUCACUGAUGAAGUCCUGCGGAGAAUCUUCCAAAAUGCCAUCGGAUGUGCCGUGGAAUCACAUUCCAAGGUUUUCGGUAAGCCGACAGGCGACGAUCAUGACCGCUUGGAAAAACUGCUUAGCCCGGAAUGCACCCAGUUGUUGCGCCAGUUUGGUAGGAAAUACUACCACAGUCUACUUGCUAGUGCGCUUUUCAAAGAAACCGUUGAAGCUGUUGGUAAGAGAUACAUUGUCGGCGCGGCAUCUGGUAUCUCCAAACUCACAAGGGGACUUGGUGUGGAAAUUGAUCCACGAGGAUCACUCACUUUCUUGCAAAUACUGGAGGAAAUCCUUCAUUUGCCUUCGAUCGGGGUGCCACAGCGGGAUAUCAACGUAUGGAGAUCCAGUUUCACCAAGCUCCUGCAGCACAUACCGGAGGUUAAUGAAGUCGCAAACUCUGGAUCAAAAACGAGCGCAGAAUCCGAACUGUCCAAACUUGUUGAUGAAGUGUGGACAAAGCUAGAACCACACAUCCCCCCGGGAGACAAAGGACGACGCAGUCUUCAAAAGCUCCUAAAACUUCAAGCCAAUCUUCGUCUAAAAACUUGUAUGUCUUUCGCAUCGUAUGAACUCAAAUUUCACGAACCCGGAACGCAGUUCAAUGUCUCAACCAUGAGCAUUGUGGAUGUCACGGAAGGAGAGUGUGAGGACGACGAACUUCAUAGACUAGAUAGUGAAAGCUGUGGUCGCAAGCUCGUUGUGGGGUUUUGCUUUUUUCCGGCUCUUUAUAAAUGGGGUAAUGACCGUGGAUUUGACAUGGAGAAGGGCCAUGUUGUUGGCCGCGCCACGGUUCUCCCCGUCUACGACGAUGAUCUCCUUGUCCGGCAGCACAUAUUGGAGGGUAAGUCUUCAUGA